GUAAUCAGGACGAAACUCAACAUGAUGAUCAGAGUGAUUAUAUCAAGCUUCAUGAUGAUAUAAUUACUAUAGCAACAGGCACUGAAAGUGAUGAUCAAAAAUCAGAUCCACCUCCAGAUGUCAGUGAAUAUUGCCCAAAACUGGAGGACAUUGAGGAACAAAUUUUGAUGAAAAGAUUCUCAAAGCUGACCGAAGAAGAGAAAGAGUUCAUAAAAAAAGUUCACUACAUUCUGGUGACCGCCACACCUAUAGAAUACCGUGCUGUGAUGGGUUCAAUUAAACCUACUGGAGAUGAUGGACAAUAUAUUAAAGUUAUCACUAAAGAUCGAUCAGCAAAUUUUAUCCUGGGGAAGUACGAUUCAUGCAAUGUUGCAAUAACUAGGACAGGCCAGGGGCCAAAUGAGACUGAAGAUAUUCUUGUUUCAGUACAAAAAGACGUGGAGGCUAAGUAUGUCAUUGCUAUUGGGAUAUGCUAUGGAGCAAAGGAGAGCAAAACAAAAGAACUUAGUGAUAAAACAAACUUAGGUGAUAUUAUCGUUGCCAAAAGUAUUGUCGACACUGCACAUCAGUGUAUUGAAGGAAAAGAUACAAUCGUUUUACCUACCGAGUACCAAUGUGGAAAGAAUCUUUUUAAAAUGUUCAAACACGACGAAGUCUUUAAAAUUGAAGGUAAAGCAGUUAAAGUUCAUCAUCAAGGUUCUCUGGCCUCUGAAUUCACACUGUUUCGUAGCAAAGAAGCAAAGGAAGAGAAACUAAAAUAUGUCCAAAAAGCACUUGGAGGAGAAAUGGAAGCAAAAGGUAUUCAUAAGGCUGCUGAGAGUGUAGGAUUUGAAUGGAUCGUAAUAAAAGCUAUAGUCGACUGGGGAACAGAAGAAAAAGACAAGAAGUGGCAACUGUUUGGAGCUGUCUCAUGUGCAAGGUUUGUCCUACAGCGCUUGAAAGAUCAACAAGGUAAUCAGGACCAAACUCAACAUGAUGAUCAGAAUGAUUAUAUCAGGCUUCAUGAUGAAGAAAAAACUCGUAACUCAUUAAAGCAGUUGAAUGAUAAGUUCUCUUUGGUAAUGAUGGACGUAGAAGAAGCCUUUGAUAAUGAAAUUCAACAAUAUCCUAAAUUACUCAAAAAGAUCACAACAUGGCUAAGAUACAGAGAAGACUUAAAAUAUCAUGCUGAUACUAUUGCUACACUAAACAAUGUGUCUACUAUAGGUGAUGUACUCACAGCCAUACGCCCUCUUUUCGACUGUACUGACUGUGCAUUAUUAGUUAACAUGUGUCAGCAAUUUAUACCAAAUGCUAAAGAAGUUUCAAAGCUUGAAUCUCAUCAUGAAAGAGCUAAAGAAUUUUGUCAAUCAAUCACAGUACAACAACUGAAAGAGGAUCUGGAAAAAAAAUAUUGUCCACAUUUAGCAACAGAUUUUAAAAACAUGCCCAAGAUUUUUGUUAAGUUACAAAAUAAAUGGCUUGAUGUCAAAAAAGAAAUCCUGCAUAGUUUUAUUAGGAAGUUGCUACCAAUCAAAUCAAGCCAAUCAUUAAUUGAUUAUAUUGAUAUUAUUCCUGGGUCUGUCACUAUCAUUUAUCAUGUUCAAGAUUGCACUGCUGACAUGUUAAAGGAACACCUUCAAACAAAACUGCAGUUUAUGCGUCUCAUUGGU